UGAAGUGGAAUUUAUUGACAGUUUCCUCUGAUUUUCAAUAAGUAUUUAAAGAGUGCCAUCUAGCGAUAAUAUUUCUUAGCGUCCUGGACAGACUCGCUGGAGAUGGUUUGAUGUAAAAUAUAUUACACAUUUUUGAAUUCUGUAGCCCGGGAAAACUGCCGCAAACCGUUAAAAAAUGUCACGCGCGCACACUCACAUAGCUUGAUUAAACCGUAACGGUCAGGAUAGGCGGCGGCUAAAUAAACCAAUACGAAUAGUUUCUUUCGACAUUAUAGAAUAUAUCAACGUAGAUUACAGGUAAGACCAAGGUCUUUGAAACGAACACUGUAGACUUGUAAAACGAGUCCAGUUUUCUAACUCUGCAUUAGAUUGUCUUGAGUAGAUGAGCUUUGACGACAGCCGUUGGCCUCGCGAGUCCAGACGUUGGUGUAAUCACACUUGACGUUCGCUCGGAUAAAUAAAACUAUAAAGGAUUAACAUGAAGAAACACAACUCACUAUUUUAUACUAAUGCCUGGAAAAUGAAGCCGAAUGUCUGGAAUAUAAAGGAGAUUUUGAAUGCCCCCGCAUCUUCUGGAGGGAUUAAAACAAGCAAGGGUUCCGGAAACAGUGACUACUCCAGCCUGACUGACUCCCAGAUUCUGUUGAGCUCUCAACUCUGGCCUGACAAUUCUCAAAGCCUUUCUCAGGAGAUGAGUGGCCAGAGCAGAGGCUCUCAGCAAACCUCACAGGAGAUGAAGGAUAUGAUUGUGUCUAGCAAUUAUAGUUCUAAGCCAUUUUUGUUUGGUGGUGAUGGGAAAAUUCCAAACUUCAUUGGUGGCAAAGCCGUAGGCAUGUUGGACAGAUUUGAAGAGGAGAAGAGGAAAGCCAAAGACAAAUAUGAAAUGGAAAUUCUCACUCAUGGAAUUCUUCAGUUGCAGGAGGCUCUAAAAAAUAUCAGAGAGACUUUGUUAAAUCGCAUUGAUGGAAGUAAUGACAUGACCAGAAAAGUUUUAGUGGAGAGAAUGGAUCAUUUUUCAAAAACAAUUGAUGGUUAUUUAAACAAAAUGAGUGAGGGCAUAACAUGCCAGUUUGAGACUCUGCAGAGCCAAACACAAAUAGGGAUGGAUGACAGAGAAAACAAGAUCAGUAUGGCUGUAAAAGAUUUGGGCUCAAACAUGCUUAACCUCCAUCGGCAUCUGGAGCAUCUGAAAGCAGAGCAGAGCAAGGAGCAGGGCAUGCUGGGAGAGAUUCUGUCACAGCUUGGGACAUUGAUUGCCAUUCACAAUCCGAUAGCAGGACCUAGCUCUGCCAGAAUGAUUGACAGUGAAGUCCAGACAUCCCCUGGACUGUUAGAGAGAUUCUCUGUCAUAUCAGAUGAAAAGCAUUAUCAGAGCAUAAUGCUAUGCAGUAGGCCUGUCAGUUAUUCAGGGAAAACAGCUGAACAGGACCUGUGUCCACAUAAAACACCUAAGACUCAAAACAGAAAUGCACACAUCCGACCAGUACAAAUACAACAGCAGCUUAAGCAAACAGAGGUCACAGAGGAGUUUUCACCUGGUGCCUCACAGAGAUUGGUUGGACAGUUGAUUGUGACUAGACCCUCAAGCCGACUUGUUGAUGCUUCAUCCAGUGCAUCCAUAGAGAAUCAUGGAAGGGAGUAUGCAGAUAGACCCCUUGUGCAUAUGGAACCAGAAAAGGCAUUGUACAUGAGAGGGAACAGAUUGGGCACUCACACUGAGACUUUGUCACCACAGAAAGUCCUCAGGAGACGCCAAAAAGCCCCAAAUUUCAGAGGGAAAAAGAGAGCCUUGGUACUCCCACAAAGACAACCAGUGAGAAAGAAAGGGGCUGUAAAGCUCUCCAAGGACAGCCAGCAGAAGAAAGACUUUCAAAGUGAACAAAAAGACAGAGUACCUCUGUCUUCUCUUUGUGAACACUGGAAAAUGACCAACAAAUCGGUUGCAGAUGACUUAAGACCACAGCAGCAAGCCUCUGUAGCACCAGUCAGUUGGUGUGUAGCUGAAGAACCUCUAAACCCCUUCAGUAUGUGGUCCCAGGACACAAACAGCUCCCAAAUGAUUGUGGAAUACAAGAUGAGUGAGUGGGAAGAAGUGGUGCCUAAACCCAAGGGCAAUAUCAUAACAGGAGAAGGUGGCCUCUGGCAGCUCUUUGACUUUAAUAAUGACUCAGAAUGAGAUGCAACAUACUUCAAUGCAUGUUAAGUACACAAACAUCCAAGAAAUUAUAUAAAGUAUGUUCUAUGUUCAGUUUCCUUCACAUUGGAUUAGCCUUGUAAGUGGAACCUAGAAAUUGCAUGUGACUGGUGAACUUUGAUCUGUAUUUACUUUGCCUGCUGUAGACAUCUGUUCUUUUGUUACUGGACAUUGUGGAUUCUUUUUGAAAGACAUUCAUUGACACUUGUGGAUAUUAUAAAAACCCUGAGACAGUAUGGCAGAUCUUACUGCAACUAAAAGUAUUCUGUUCUACUUUAGUUGGACCAUAUGCCACAUCCAAG